CCCAUGUCCCAAUCGGCUAGCUCCUCUUCUUCUUGUUCUUCACUAAUCAGGCCUCGCUUUUCUGGGCUAUCACUAUUCCCAGUUGGGUUGGGUUGGGUUGAGUUGAAGAACACCGUCAUUUUGGAACUGGGCUCUGCCCGAUUGGACCAGAGCCAGAAGCAGCGGGCCAAUCAGGCGACGGACAAGGGAUAAGGGAUAAGGUGGUGUUGGUGACGAGUGAUAAAUCUUAAACCCUAGAUUCUUUUGGCCCUUUGUAUGGUUGAUAGAAGAAAUCGAGGAUAGAGGGUCAAAAAAAAAGAUAAGCGAAAAAAAACCCAAUUGGAGCUCCUCCAAUGGCGACGCCGCCGGUGAAAGUGUAUGGCCCACCCCUGUCGACCGCCGUCUCGAGGGUUCUAGCUUGUGUAAUUGAGAAGGACGUGGCCUUUGAGCUCGUCAACGUCAACAUGGCCAAAGGCGAGCACAAGAGCCCCGAUUUCCUCAAGAUCCAGCCCUUCGGCCAAGUCCCAGCCUUCCAAGACGAAACCAUUUCCCUCUUCGAAUCCAGAGCCAUAUGCCGUUACAUAUCGGAAAAACACUCGGAGAAGGGAAACAAGGGGCUCUACGGGACGAACCCACUGGAGAAGGCGUCGAUAGAGCAGUGGCUGGAGGCGGAGGCGCAGAGCUUCAACCCACCGAGCUCGGCGCUGGUGUUUCAGCUGGCCUUCGCGCCGCGGAUGAAAAUCAAGCAAGACGAGGGAUUGAUCAAGCAGAACGAGGAGAAGCUGGCGAAGGUGUUGGAGGUUUACGAGAGGCGGCUGGGCGAGAGCCGGUACUUGGCGGGCGACGAGUUCACUUUGGCCGAUCUCUCGUACCUGCCCAACGCGCACUACUUGGUGAACGCCACCGACAGGGGGGAGCUCAUCACGUCAAGGAAGAAUGUGGAUAGGUGGUGGGAGGAGAUAUCGAGCCGGGCGUCGUGGAAGAAGGUGGUUGAGUUGCAGAACUCGCCGCCUCCGGCGAGUGCUUGAAUUCGGCGCCGGUGGGCGGCUGAUUGAGUUCUUGGAAGUUGAGAUUUUCUUAUCUCCGAUGAUGUUGCUUUGACCAACGCUUGAGCGCUUCUAAUAAUUGCGGUUGUUGCAAAUCAA